AAAAGGUUUAGUGUGUUAUUAUUAAUUUCUUCUGUUACAAGGUUCUUAAUAGAACCCUAGAUUAGUUAUAUUUAAUAGUGCCUCGUUGUUUUGUCUCUAUUCCUUUUCGGUAUGGUGGUCGUUGGCGAGAUCGAGAUUCAUGGCGGAACCUUAGUUUUCUUGGUGAUCAAGUCAUCUGAUCCGUUCUGAGUUCUUAAUAUUUGGCAAAGGUUGAUAUUCUGACAAAUAAUCGACCAUCCAGCAAAGCUCAGAAAGUCUCCAAAUAGCUCCAAAUACAUCAUUUUCUUCCAGAUAGUACCUAAACCUGUAAGUACUCUAAAUAGACUCUAUAUAGUAAUAAUAUAUCUUAAAACACUCAUAAACCAUGGUUAAAAAUGUGUAAAAUCCAUGGUCUAUCACCCGGUUUCCUUUGCUGGAGAGGCAGUAGCGAGGCUUAUAAUGGGAGUUCCUCGAAGAUUCCGCUGGGUGACCUUUCUGAUGACCAGGGAAGCCUUGCGUCAUAGUCGUGUUUGGGGGAACGUGGCGAGGCUCCUGGUAUCUGUUGUCUAUGGCGAGUAUCAGAAGGCUAAAGCGCGGAAGCGGCGUCUUUCUUAUACUCCUCCGCCAAGACUAGCGAGGGCUGCUUUAUCGGCGAAUGGUCUGUCUUCCGUCUCAUCAACAAGUGCCGAGAUUUUGCCUAACCGUGACCUUCUGGUGGAUGCUCACCGGAGAUUGACUGGCGAGGUAUUCCUUCUUCGUAGCCAGGUGCAGGACAUGAUGGCUCGCCGGGACCUACUAGUCCAACAUGUGAAAGCCUCGGCUAGAUGGGAGCUUAUGAAGGAAUGGCUGGAGAGGCGUGCAGAUCAUUGGAAUCUGGAAGAAGAGUAUCGUCAUCUGUUCCAGUCUGGAGGGCUUAACCAUCAAUCGGGGAGCUCCUCCCAGGCUGCAACCCCGAGAUCUGUUGUGGGGUCGCGAUUCUCGGAGGGGCCUUCUUUCUGAAUGAUUCUUUUCUUUGUCUUUUGAGACUCUGGUUUUUGUUGCUUUCUUUUGAAUAAAGAUUCUUUAUAGCCCCCCUUUAUUUUAUGAAUAAUGAUGCUUCAUGGUUCUUUUCCUUUAUCUACUCCUUGCUGUUGCUUCGCAUGCUC